UAUUCUGAAAUGCGACGUCUCAAUUUUAGCACCCAGCCCCAUGGAAAGCUAAAUCGAGUUCAAACCAGGUUUCGGACUUGGACAUUUCUUAUCAUAUUAACCCCACUGCCUGUCAGUCAUUGGCAUUUCCAGUGUAGGGUUGAUCUCUCGGUAGGUUCAUGACUGUUGCAGUGGGUGACACUCAUACAUUAGCGUUCACAAUGCCUGUCCGAGCUGAAUGCUGCACUAGAACAGCUUCGGCCUGUUCAACACCGGACUAUCUUACACCCCCUGCCCCGAUAAACACUUCCCAACCAGGCAUUGGCACUACACUGCUUUACAGCGGCUCACAGUUUCGGGGAUAUCAGAAGAGCAAAGGAAACUCGUACGACGUGGAGGUCAUUUUGCAGCAUGUGACCGUAGAAGACUCCUACUUGUGUGGUUACCUGAAGAUCAAAGGCCUGACUGAGGAAUAUCCAACCCUGACAACGUUCUUUGCUGGUGAAAUCAUCAGCAGAAAGAGGCCUUUUUUAACAAGGAAGUGGGACGCAGAUGAGGAUGUGGACCGAAAGCACUGGGGAAAGUUUCAGUCCUUUUACAAAUAUGCCAAAUGUUUUAACUCGGAUGACUUCGACUACGAGGCACUGAGCAACAGCGACUACGUCUUCAUGAGGUGGAAGGAGCAGUUUCUGGUACCGGACCACACCAUCAAAGACAUCAGCGGUGCGUCCUUCGCUGGCUUCUACUACAUCUGCUUCCAGAAGUCCACCGCCACCAUCGAGGGCUACUACUACCACAGAAGCUCUGAAUGGUACCAGUCUCUAAACCUCAACCACGUCUGGGAACACAGUGUGCCCAUUUAUGAGUUCCGGUGACAGCGGAACGCCGUGUGCGUAACUAACUCAGAGAGCAAACAUUGGUGUCGGCCUACCGUGGACUUAAGGGAUGUGGAUGGUGCUAGUGGUAACCUCCAUUGGGCAAGCACCCCGGGGCCAAGAGAGAAGGUUGAACUGGUUUCCCUCUUAAAGAAUGAGAUACAUGCAGGGGCAAAGAAGGUGGCCAUGACACUGCUGGGCUGGAGGAGGCAGGGAGACAAAGGAGAUUAAUCAUUGUAACAAAUUGAACAGAUCUUUCAUCUGAGGGCAUUUUGCCUUUUUUAAUUUGUUCCUUUUUUAAACUUAUAUAUAGGAAGUUGUGUUUUUUUUUUUACUUUAAAUGUCUUUUCUGUCUCUUGUCUCUUGCUGAACCCCUUGUAACCCCUUCAGUCUUUAAUCCUCAUGGAGAUGCCAAACUUUUUGAACAGUCUGCCUUUUAAUGAGACCAUGCUGCUUGGAUGGAUCAUAUAACGAGGCCAAUGUUGUUAUAUUUUAAAACUUUCAUUUCAUUUCAUGGAAGGAAAUAUAUAAUAUGUUGGCAAAAAGAAAAUUUAAUCAGAACAUGUGAUUGCUAGCCAACACACCUGUAGUGCUAGACUACAACUCAAGGAUGACUUGUUGUCAUGCUAUCUGUUAGAAAGCUCCUGAUCCAAAUGUGAGAUGGGGGGCUAAUUCGCUGUGAUUUUUAUCAUGUCCUUAGAUAGUCAAUUGGUUAACAAAACACUAACAGGACUGGGAAUCUGUAGUUGCUUGAUUUGUAACCAAGCAUUUCUAUGCUGCUGCUGCUAUUGUUGCUGUUGCUUUUGUAAGCACCUAUUACCUGCCCUCGUAUCAGAAAGAUACUGCUGGCCAGACACUCUUCACAACUCUCUAUGCAAUCAGACUGGGAUCCUAAGGGUCGUAUUCACCUAGCGGGCAUUUUGUUUCAAUCUUGGUUCUGAACACUAGUUGGAUGGGGGGAAACAGAAUGUGGAGCUCUGAAUUCAGUUUCCCCCCAACCAGCUCGUAUUCAGAACCAAGAUGGCCGCUGGGUAAAACAAGGCCUGUAGGGCAGGCCAAUGAAUAGAAGUUAGGUUUAAUUUUAUAUUCAGGGGACAUUUUAAAAGGGGAAAUUACAUUGCAAAUUAUCUCGCGCCAGUUAGUCAAUUAGAAGAUUGAGGAAACGUGUUUAUAUUAGAUAAAUAAUUGUAAUUGGUUUGUGUGUGACACAAAGCUACUAUGAUAUAAAGAUAUAGUAUAUAGUUAAAAAAAUCUGAAGUUUAGUCCUUUUCAUUUUCAGGCGUAAUGUCAUAGCUUGACAUGACUAGAGAUUUGUUUACAAAAGUAUUGGACUUCGACGACGUGGGAAGCCUCAGCUCACGCUUGAAAUACAAAGUGUGUGUGUGUGUGUGUGUGUGUGUGUGUGUGUGUGUGUGUGGACAGCUCGGGAUGGGGGGAGGUUUAUUUUGUAUUUGUAAUGGGGCAGGCUCCAACCUUUCUGUGACAAAUGCUGAGCUAAUGUGACAGAUACAGAUAAAUUAUGACAAUUACCUGCCUAAUAACAAUACAGAACUAACAGCACAACAGAUGAGAGUUUGCAUCAGAGCCACAGUUAGCACCUCCUAUUCUCUUGUGUAACUGCAUUUCUGUCCACCCAGAUUCAGAGGUCACUUGGAUGUGUAAAAUUGCAGGAAAAUGAAUGGGUGGGGAAAGUCACCUAUGACACUUGGAAAAAAAGUAAAACCUGAUGCCUUGUUUGUGUAAAAGUAUUGUGUUAAGCACCGGUGUCUAAUAACCUUUUUGAAAUACCGUUUAUCUUUCCUUCUAAGAGGCUAAUAUUAUUUGCAGGUGUUUAUAGUUUGUGUUACUUUUUAUUUGACUUUUGAGGGGAACAUGCAGGAAUGAUGCAAUAUUGUCCUUUCGGAGAACUUUCAAAAGUUUAUUCAAAAGUACAGUUGCCUACCUCGCUGGCCAAUCUUUGUAGCUUAUACCAGUAUGAACCACAGCUAGCUGGAUUUGUCAACAGCUUGGUCAGUAGGCUUGAUGGUAUAGGAUUAAAGAAAAUGCAAUGCACAGAGAAUGACAAAUGAGUAAAGGACUGAUUUAAAGUUGAUAUUUGAUAUAUACAUGACAUUUAACAUAUGCGAUGUGUAAAAGAUGUCUUAAGAUUAUUUGUUGUUGAUGGAUGGUUAAACAAAUAUUGAAAGGUUUUUCAUACAUAAUGUCCGUCGAUUUAAUUUUUUAUUUGGAGGCACAGGCGCGAAUCACAAUCUAUAUUCUUUCCAUGGUGCAAGCCGGUGUUACACCGAAUUCUGCAACCCACCGAAAAGUGUGUCCCCAGGGGGCACUGUUGAAUAUUUUUUGAAAUAUGCACGAGUUUGAAGUGUAGACAUGCAUGACAAAAACAUAAACAUAACAUCUCCCCCCAACCAAUUACCUUUUUAUUAAAAGUGCUUAAUAAAUACAUUUGUUUUGAUUUGAUUAGCAUUUUACAGACCCAUACAAUGAUAGGGCGUUUAUUACGGUCCUUCACCGUUGCUUUUUCACCCAUAAAAAGCUACAGUCAGUGUUAAAUUACGCUGAUUAACCUUUGAGCAUUUCCUAUUAUAGGUUACUGUGUAAAACGCUGUUUAGAAUUAAUGUUUGUAUCAAGAAAGAAAGACCCACCGGUGGGUGGAGAUCUUAUGUUUUAUUUAUGUUUUUGUUAUAAUGCAAACGUGUAUGUUGCAGAAAAUUCGGUGUAACACCGGUAUCAAGCGAUUUCAUGUCAUGCUCACGAAAAUGUAUCUAUAGAGCGUCCAACCCUUUUAUUAACAGCACUGGUUCCGUAAGUAAAUUUCCCAGUUUGUCCUCCUUUGUAUUUUCGUAAAAUCGUUGUGAAAAAAAUUAAUAAAGAGUUUUCAGCCUGGAACCAAGCCAAUUAUA